AAGAUAGAUGAAGAGAACGAAGCCAACCUCCUAGCCGUCCUCACGGAAACGUUGGAGAGCAUCCCAGUGGAUGAAGAUGGAUUGCCUUCCUUCGAUGCCCUGACAGACGGAGAUGUGACCAGCGAGAAUGAGGCUAGUCCUUCAUCAGUGCAGGGCAGCACCCCUCCCCCCCAGGAGGCCGAAGAGACGUCUCUCCUUAAGAAACUCCUGUUGGCUCCAGCAAAUACCCAGCUAAAUUACGAUGAAUGCAGCGGCCUCGGCACACGCAACCAUGCAAACGCCAAUCACAGGAUCCGAACAAACUCCGCGGUGGCCAAGACUGAGAAUUCAUGGAGCAAUAAAGCCAAGAGCAUCUGCCAGCCUCAAAAGCCACAGAGGCGUCCCUGCUCGGAGCUUCUCAAAUAUCUGACCACCAGCGAUGACCACGGUCAGGCCAAGCAGACAGAAAACCGGCAUAGCAACAGGGACAGAUACACUUCUAAAAAGAAGGCGCUGUUGCAUUCUCAGAUGCAUCAUUUACAAGAGAACGAAUGUUAUGGGGCACCUGCUAAGCAGAGAUACUCUGCAGAAGAUUGA